AUGAAACGUGAAUUGCAAUUUUGCAUUUUUCUAUGCGUCGUUACAGUUUUCGAAGCAGCGCUGGCAGUACAUCCCGAAAGGUCGUUGGAUGAUAAAAGUAGAUUCCAAAAUGACACUGACUACUUGUCGUACAGACUACCAAAAGAAAUCGUCCCAAAGAAAUAUGUCAUUUCGAUAGUGGCGAAUGAAGAGAAUUUCAUGUACUCCGCGAACGUAUCGAUACAUCUGGAAAUUCUUAAAACGACGAACACUAUCGUGCUGCACAACGAUGGGUUGAACAUUAAUUCCGUAGGCGUUUUUCAAACAGUUGAAGUGGAGGCUGGAAUCAGGAAAAGUAUCGAGUGUCCAAUUAAGAGCACAAGCUACGACACGGAAAAACAGUUUUAUACAAUAAAUAUGUCUACGGGACUGAGGCCUGGUUAUUACACGGUGAAUCUAUCUUCUAAGGCAGAAAUACGAGAUGAUGUAUUCGGAUUUUAUAGAAGCUCUUACAAUGAAAACGGACAAACGAAAUGGAUGUUUGUCACUCAAUUUUCACCGACGUAUGCACGUCGGGCGUUCCCCUGCAUGGAUGAGCCCGGUUUCAAAGCAGUUUUUGAUGUGACAAUUGCUGUUACAAACAAGACAGUGACCAGCAAUACUGAAAUUAAAACUAUUACCGGGCUAAUAUACCAAUUCACAUCGACGCCAACGAUGGCUACCUAUCAGCUAGGCUGGGCUGUCCACAACUUCGUCUCCCAAACGACGACAAACUCCUCGGAAAUUUUCAAAAUAUGGACACGAAAAUCUAUGAAUCGUCGUGGAUCGAUCGCAUUGAAUCAAGGUCAAUUGAUAUACUCGUUCCUGAAGGAUUGGCUUGUAAUCGAUAAUCCGAUUCAGAAGAUGGACCAGAUCGCCGUUCCCGAUUUCAACUUUCACGCAAUGGAGAACUGGGGUAUGAUCACGUACAGGGAAUCAGUAGUGUUAUACGAAGAUGGCGUUACUCCUACGAAGAACAAGAUCGACGGUUUUACCACUAUGGCUCAUGAAUACGCUCACACCUGGUUUGGAAAUCUCGUUACACCGAUGUUUUGGGACGUGGCUUGGUUGAAGGAAGGUUUCGCUUCCUACUUUCAAUACUUCGCCGUAUCGGAAGUGCAUCCAUCUUGGAGGAUGAUGGAUAAGUUUGUGGUGGACAUGCUGCAACCAACCCUAUUUCUAGACUCCGCGGAUCAUGCUAGAGUUAUGAACGGUCGGAACGUUGGAAGUCCUAGCAGUAUCGCUGCUGUUUUAGACUUUGUUUCGUACAAGAAAGGUGCAUCUGUAAUCCGUAUGUUGUCCCACGCGAUUGGAAAAACAGCUUUUCAGGAUGGUCUACGAAGCUAUGUAAAAAAUAUGUCGUAUCAAGCAGCUACGCCUUUCGACCUGUACAAGCAUUUACAAGCUUCUGUCGACAAGUUGGGUCAUCUGCAAAAUAAUACGUCCAUACAGGAUAUUAUGAAAUCCUGGACAAAUCAACCAGGAUACCCUUUAGUGACAGUCACGCGAGAUUACGAAUCGCAAACGCUGACAGUGUCUCAAGAACGUUUUCGUCGAAAUCACAAUCAGUCGUCGUCUGAAUGGUGGAUACCGUUGAAUUUCGUCAAAAAAUCACUCACAGACUUUUCCAAUACAACCCCAAUACAUUGGUUGAAGCCGGAAGACGAAAACUACACUAUCCAUGGCGUUCCAUCAAACGACUGGGUUAUAUUCAAUACCCAACAAACUGGAUAUUAUCGAGUGAAUUACGACGAAAAAAAUUGGCGAAUGCUUGUCGAUUAUUUGAACACUGCACAAUUCGAAAAGAUACACAGAUCAAAUAGAGCUGCGCUCUUGGACGACGCUUUUAACCUAGCUAGGGCGGGUUACGUAGAUUACUCAGUUCCACUUGAUCUUGCCAGAUAUUUGGUCCAGGAGCUUGAUUACGAACCGUGGGUCACAGCUGUGAAUAGUUUGAAAUUUUUGAACAAAAUGUUGGACAGCAAGCCACAUGUACAGCAGGCUUUCCAGGAAUAUGCGGUACGUUUGUUACGAGGCAUGUACGAGCAAUUGAAUUUCACCGAAUCUACACACGAUGACAUUACUACUAAAUUGCACCGAGAAUUGGUCUUGUCGACAUCUUGUUUAGUACGCAAUGCUGAUUGCUUGAGAAAAUCUGAAACUUUGUUUCGAAAUUGGAUCGCUGCGCCUGACAGGAUAAUACCAGAUCUUAAGAGCUUCGUCUAUUGUGAAGGAAUACGUAAUGGAAGCGAGGCAGAUUGGUACGCGAUGUUGGAUAGAUGGUUGAUCGCAGAUUUGCAAACGGAACAAGAUCUGUUGUUACAAGGUCUUGGCUGCACACAAAGAGCUAAUUUAAUCAACAGGUAUCUCGAAUUGUCCAUCUCGGACGAUCGAAAUGUUCGAAAACAGCAAAGAAUGAUCAUAGUGAAUGCCGUUUUAGACGGGAACGCCAGAAACGUGGAACACGUUGUACGAUUUGUCGAAUCGAAUUUGCAACGUAUCGUUCAAUUAAGAGGAUACAAUUUCUUGGAUAAGGUGAUUACCGCAAUUGGGAACGCAACGAUAACGGCGGAACAAUCAGAAACGCUACGCUCGUUCGUUCAGAGACACUCCGAAGAACUCGGAUCAGCGUUGAACACCGCGAAACAGGCAUUGUCUGUUUCCUCAGAAAACUUAGAGUGGCUUGAGAAAUAUUCGUCUAGAAUCGACAACUAUUUCCACUGA